AUGUCCGCCAUACAGAAGGCUAAAGUUUUGUCAGAUUUGCGCUUAAAGAUUGCCCAACCAGCGGGGGACCAUAACCAACCCAAAGUGCAAGCGGAUACCGAUCUCCCAGCAAAGGUCACCAAAUUAGAAGACACGAUGAUGAUGAUAAAUGCCCGACUACAGAUGGAAUACCGUCCCAAUGUCCAGGAAAUGCAAGAGCUGAAAGAAAUGGUCGGCCGGUUGAGAGAUAACUCACUGGUUUGGAACCAAUGGGGGAGUAAAUUUUCUGAAAUCGAAUCAAAAUUUGAAGAAAUGAAUGGCCGUAUAGAAGCUGAGCACCUGAACAACAGAAGUCUUGCCGUUCCUCAUCUGGAGAUUGAAACAUGGAACAACUCAAUGUCCACCAAGGAUGAAAUAGAAGCUUUAAAAAAAAGCAUGGAGUCGAUGCAAGAAGUUCUGCGAGGAAAUCAUAAAUCUAGCCUGGAAAAUCACGAGGAGCUCUUGAGGCAGGGAAAGGAAGUAGACCAGAUGAGAGAUAUAGGAAAAACGGUGCGUGAAUUGUUGAUUUCAAAACAAGUAUUGCACAUCGAAAAACUGUCACACAUAAACCAGCAGAAGCUCUCGGAACAUCGCACAGAAAUUGAGUCUCUUGCUAAAUUUGAUGAACUGUUCAAGAAGCUCGAAGUUGAUCUUGAUGACAAGCUUCGAACUGUGGAAAAAAGUGUUUUCGAGUUGUUGAGUAGUACUGAGCUUGCUGGAAGAAGUGGACAAUUGAUGGAGUUGGACAAUGCGGCAACUGACAUUUCGGCUGGGAGGGCGGCUUCUUCAAACCUAAUUGAAAUUAAAUGUGACACAUCAUUCGAAAUCCACAAACGCACCAUAAACGCCACUGUCGAAUCCUUAAAGGAAUGGGUUUUCAUGCAGACUAAAGAAUUCCAGGCCAACUUGGAACAGGCUACAACUAACGAGCUUAUCAAACAGAGGCAUGCGAUUGAAGCAUACACAGCCCAAAACAAUUCCCAGCUUCACGACAAAGUUCUUGAUAGGAUUGCGGUUCUGGAGGCGGAGGUCGUCAGGUUAUCUAGGGAGAAAAACGAAAUUCAGCUUGCCCAUUCAAAUAUCCAAAACCAAUCGGUUGAACCCGCUGUUUGGAGUGCUUACAGGAUGGAAACUGAAAGGCUUGUCCAACUUGUGAAAAAUCAGUUCGAUGAAUCCUUGGAACUAUAUCAAAAUCAAUUUGAUGCCCGACUUGAUUCGCUCAAGCAUGUGGUUCUUUUAGCCCAAAACAGGGAGCUACAGCCUCUUAUCGAACAGGGUACACAAAUCUCUGGUGAACUUCUCAGGCAGGGACGUGAUCUGCGAUCAGUGUUAAAUGCCAAAUUGCACAUUGAGGGGAAGGUAGCAAACCUCGAAAAGGCUGGCGAAAAAAAUGAAGCUAUCCUUUCUAAGGCAAACUUGGCCAUUGAUUCGCUCAGGCAUGAUAAAGCACUGAUUUCUCAGUGGCAAGAUAAUAUUGAGAACAGUGUUGCCAAGUUAUCCAGGGAAAAUAACGAGCUUCAGCGGAUCAGCACUAAUCUGCAAAACUCGCCAAUGGCAAGUGAACCACAUUUUAUUGAAGGCCUCAAGAACAUCAACGACAAAGUCGCAAGCAUGGAAGAGGCUCUAAAAAGCAACAAUCUCUGCCUCGCCGAGGCAAAUUCGAACAUUGCCUCAUACGUCAGCAACAUCAAAUUUAUUCAAACUAAUCAGAAUGCGCUGGAAGAACGUCUGACCGCCUUUCAAGAUGGGUUUCUCGAAAAGCAACCCAAUUUGGAAGCUAUCAACUUUCCCGAGUUUCAGGCUUUGGUCGAUGAUGUAGCUGUUGUGAAAAAACAUGUUUUUGAGCUUUCAAAAUUUCGAAAUUCAUUCGUUGACCGGGAAAUUCAGCUUGAAAACGCUCAUCCGCCAGUUGUAGCUUGCCCUACCCCUUCCGUACAUAACCCUGCCCAUUUACUGAAAGAAUCCCAAAUUCAAUCCAAUUCAGUGGUGAACCCAUUGACCCUCAAUCAAUUUGGUUCAAUUUACCCUGAUAAACCUCCUUCAGCUAACCUCAAUCGACCUGAUCGAAUUGAAGAACGCACCGAAAGCUUUGAAAGGGAAGACGACUUUUCUUACUAUUUUGGACUUUUUGAUAAAGAGAACAGCGAAUCGGAAGAAGAACAAGGAACAAGUAAUAAAACGGUUGAACACGGCAUUGAAAUUGAUCUUCCCCCUCGACUUAGAAUCGGUAGCCAUAGUGAAACAGAUUCAGACCCAGAUGGUAACACAGCCACCAAUCAGUUGCCACAGGGAAGUUCCAGAAGAUCGGAUACAUUGCCCACCCGAGAUAUUCAAUCAGCUUCUCUUCAAGCAAACGCUCCAAAAAUAAAAAAAUGGAGACGGGAAACCCAGAAAAGCGGACCAAGCAGGGGCAGGAAAGAGAGUUUACGAAAGGAACGGAAGAGUAUGGAUGCUGAGACAAGGGCUGAUGACGAGACUUUGUCCAAUGCAAUUCAACAACACAUCCGGAUGCUCAUGAGCCUUAAAAGGUCCAAGAGUCAUUUCCCUCGCUCACCAACCGAGGAGGAACUCCGAAAAUUGCCAGAUUUGGGUGAUGGCUUUCCCGUGCUAGCCGUCUCUGCGCAAUGCCUUAUAAAAUCAAAUAAAGUUACAAGAACUUGGGACACGGAAGAAACAAUGGGCCAAGGAUUCUCUGAUUAUUGCCUUCGACGUAUUAGGCAAUACGGACUUCCCUUCUUAGGACUGAGCAUUGAGCUUGAAAAUCCAAAGGCGCAGGAGUGGAACCGAAGGACGGCCGCUUUCAUCACCGACACAUUUUACAAAGCAUUUGAGGCGUCAGAUUACUCCGAUUAUUUCCGUGCCGGUUUUACCUUAGAGGGAGCUGUACCUAAAAGGGUCGAAACCCUGGUCCAAAAGAACAUCGAUUAUCGUAUUGGGGAAAUGAAAAAGGAUUACAAACGCGCGAAGGGAAAGGGACGUGCAGGUUCCAAGCUCAAGGCGUCCUCGCCACUGAGCUCGAUACAAUCUACCCUACGCUCCAUUCCGGCCAUGCAACUAUUAUCCGAUUUGGGAUGGUAUAAAACCAAAUGGAACACAGACGAACAUCGCGAGAAUGAUCGAUGGGAAGGGUGGUAUGACCAAAUUAAGCUAGAUCUUACGCUGUUUCUUCGAUCUCAAUUGGACAACCAACAGGCUCAAGAAUAUCUCCCGACCGGCCUCCAAUUUCCAUCCCCGCUUGAUCAGGAGCAGCCUACAAAAACCCAAUAG